AUGGCCGCGCAGUCGGACGGCGGCAAAGCCGGGCUCGGGUACGGCAGCGGCGGCUUCGCCCAGCUGUACGAUGUUGACGCCGAGGAGCCGCUGGACUCCGCCGCGAUCCACAUCUGCCAGUGCUGCCGCACCUCCGCCUGCUACUGGGGCUGCCGCUCAGCCUGCCUCGGCUCUCUGGGCGGCGGGGGCCAGCCUGCCGGAGGGCUCGGCAUCCGUGAGACUCACUGCCCGCCCCGGGAGCAGCUGUGGCUGGACUGCCUCUGGAUCAUCCUCGCCCUCAUCGUCUUCUUCUGGGACGUUGGCACGGACCUGUGCCUGGCGAACGAGUACUAUCAGAGACAGGACUACCUCUGGUUCGGCCUCACGCUCUUCUUCGUGCUGGUGCCGUCCGUGCUGGUGCAAAUUCUGAGCUUCCGCUGGUUCGUGCAGGACUACACGGGCGGGGGGCUCGGGGAGGUGCAGGGGCUGACCAAGCGGGACGCGGUGGCCCUGGGGUGCCUGUAUCCCGGCAGGGACCGCCUGCAGCUGGCCACCAUUUGGCUGUGGCAGGCCACCAUACACAUCCUCCAGCUGGGACAAGUGUGGAGGUACAUCAGGACUCUGUACCUGGGCAUCAUGUCGCGUCGGCAGAAGGAGCACCAGCGGCGCUGGUACUGGGCCAUGAUGUUUGAGUACGCGGACGUCAACAUGCUGCGGCUGCUGGAGACUUUCCUGGAGUCCGCCCCUCAGCUGGUCCUGCAGCUCUGCAUCAUGAUCCAGGAGAACCGGGCCGAGACGCUGCAGUGCAUCUCCUCCCUGGGCUCCCUCCUGUCUCUCGCCUGGGUCCUGGCCUCCUACCACAAGCUGCUGCGGGAUUCCCGUGACGACCAGCGCAGCAUGAGCUACCGCGGGGCGCUGCUGCACCUCUUCUGGCGCCUCUUCACCAUCUCGUCCCGCGUCCUCUCGCUCGCCCUCUUCGCCUCCCUCUUCCACAUCUACUUUGGCAUAUUUGUUGUGGUCCACUGGUGCGCCAUGGCCUUCUGGGUGGUGCACGGUGGCACCGACUUCUGCAUGUCCAAGUGGGAGGAGGUGCUCUUUAACAUGGUGGUCGGCAUCGUCUACAUCUUCUGCUGGUUCAACGUGAAGGAGGGCCGGACGCGGUACAGAAUGGUGGCGUAUUACAUCGUGGUGUUGGCCGAGAACACCAUCCUGACCGGGCUGUGGUACACCUAUAGGGACCCAGUAUUAACAGAUUCCUACGCCGUCCCAGCGCUGUGUGGCGUCUACCUGACGUUCGCCGGCGGCGUCCUGGUCAUGCUGCUGUACUACGGCUUCCUGCACCCCGCCACCGCCCACCUCCAGCCAAGCCCCGCCUCGUCCUGCUGCGCCCAGCUACUGUGGGGUCUCCCCCUCCCCCCGUCAGCUCCGCCUACCGCCCCGCCCACCCCGGCCCACAUGGCCAAGUCGGAGACGGACGAGGACGUGGCCGAGACGUGUCUUCCCGUUUUCCAGGUGAGGUCGGCGCCCAUCACUUCCAAGCCUGAAGGCCCGCUUAUAAAGAUCGAUAUGCCCAGGAAGCGUUACCCAGCAUGGGACGCCCACUACGUAGACAGGCGCCUGCGGAGGACUAUAAACAUCCUGCAGUACAUAACGCCAGCCGCUGUGGGCAUUCGCUAUCGUGACGGACCCCUGCUGUAUGAACUGUUGCAGUACGAGUCCUCACUCUGA